AUGUCUCGGAAAGAAAAGGAGACGGAGUUGGAGGAGCACCCCAUGAUGUCAUCGCCACGCGCUGUGCUAAAGACCAGGACGGCCUUUCAGAUUUACAAGGCUGAAGGCGCACCAGGGAGUGCUGCAGCGUUUAGCUCGCUCCCUACUGAGGAAGUCCUACCUUACAAGAUAAAGUCAACUGAAUUGACGCUUGUGGCUGCCUUGGCUGUUGUAGAGGCAAACACGAACGAAAAGAGAUUGUACGGACCCGCCACGCUGCAUGCUGCCAGUAAUUACUUGUCUGACCUUCUUUCUUUCAUACCAUUGGGGGGACGUUCGCAUGACCGACAGAAGGUUCCCAUCAACUUUGGCGUGCUUCAACGCGUUGCGGCAUUGUAUGGAGCAUCGGAAGACGUGCUGCAGACCCUCACGCAUCUCGUGAAGACAAAUCCAACCGCUGGCGAGGCGCCGCUUCGUGAUAUGUUGACCGUCUUGGACGACGUGAACGCCCUUGAAAAGUCUCUUCGGCAGGAGAUGAAGGAUGCAGGAGAAAAAAUAGGCUCAUUCUCCAAGUCCACUGUGUCCACAUCGCCGCCAACAGAAGGCAGUAAGACAUCUGCGGAGGACGACGGCUGCACCCCUGCGAUUCCACAAACGAACUUACGGAAGCGUGUCUCCCGCUCAUGUGAGAACACUACAGAUGUUGCUGGUGUUAAUACUGGAAUGGCGGCAACGUCAAAAGCUGUGACUGAGAUGAUAGAGGAGGGGGAGGCGGAGCCGCCGAAUAAAGUGAGUAGGGUGGAGGAAAGUGGAGGCGUGCCGCGUGCAGUGAAAAAGACAGCACCACGCCCAUCUGUGCAGCGGACGGUGUUUGGACGCCUGCGCGCAUUGACAACACCGGAAAAGAAGGUGGUGACUAUUCUUAAUCAGAUGAUUCAGCUUCUUGGCCAUGUGUAUGCGGUGCGCUACAACACUCUUCUGCCAAUCUUUGACUUCCUCGAGGAGGGUGUGAGGCAGGUACAAGAAGUCAUUGAUGUGGAGCGAGCUUCCUUCAGUGCAAAACCCGAAGCAACGCCCCCGUCUACCGAGCCGUUCUUGGAAGUCUCACUGGAGGCCGUCCUGCAGGCGAUACACAACGCAUCACAUAUAUUCAAAACGGAUGAGGAAUGCCGCUACGAGCUGGACGAGGACUUGCUCCACCCUAUUGCGCACGCCUGCAUGGCGGAAGUGAACCGCAUCGAGGGAUUCACCACGACACCAUUUCUGGGUCCGUCAGAAGAGGCGUUGGCUGCUAAGGCGAAGGCGCGCGAAGCAGCGCGGGCUAAGCGAGACGAACAGCGCAUAAAGGUCCUCGAGCGGGCACGGGCGAAGGAGGAGCUCGCGGUGAAGCGCGAGGAGGAGCGGCGGUUGGUGCGCGCUCACCUUGGCGAGUUGGAUCCCGCAGGUCUCGUGGAGGACACCAGUAUCAAAAACCCCGUCAGUAGCGGCUACGUGCAGUACGACACGCUACCACUAGAAACACCAGAGCACUAUGAGCGGGCACUGUUCAUCUGGGCCAUGCUUACAUCGCUUCCACGUGUGCUUCAUCUCUCGCAGAUGCCGUUUAAACUCUUCUUGAAGGGCCUUCUCUCAGACGAGGGACGCGACAACGGACUCAUGGACGAGGUUUCGAGCGCGCUGCUGGAAGUCGCGAUGGAGAAUCUUCGCUCCACCAAUGGCCCGCGCAUCGUUACGCGAGGAAAGGACUGGUUCGACAGCAUGACGGAGUUUGUUGCAGUGACAAGUGGCACCAAGAAGAAGCGUCCGCCGCCCCGCCCAAAGUCUGUUUCAUAUGACGAUGAGGAAGAUGAUGAGGACAGUGACGAAGAAGAGGAAGACGAGGGUGAUGUCGCGUCAGAGGAAGAAGAGGAGGAGGAGGAAGAAGAUGAUGACGAGGAAGAAAAAAAAGAAGAGGAGUCCGGGGAAAAUAAGGAAGGCGGCGAGGAUGCCACCAACGCAGCGGCAGGAAAGGCGGAGGACGUGGAGCCCGCGGCAAGUGGCAUGGAUGCGGCGAUCAAAGCCACAAUGCAGCGAGUGGCGGAGCUGCGGCAACUCGCGGCGUGGGGCAACCUCGACAUGGAGGACCGCCUAAACCUGCUGCAGUACAUGGUGACAGAGGCCCUCACCACCCCCGCGGUCCAGGAGGAGGCGGAGAAGAUGCAGAAGAUGCAGGAGGAGGCACAGACUGCGAUGGAAAAGCGAACCAAGGAGUCCCGCGAGGAGGCCGAGAAGGAAAUCAAACUUCUGGUUAAAUUGUUUUCGGCGUCGAAUUCGGCUGACAGCACAACUGAGACGUAUGAGGAAAAGCGACAGAAACUGCUUGAGGAAAUGGAGCAGCGGCUGUGCGAUGUCGUGAGUGAGCAUGUUGGUAUGCAGGAUGGCAAGGACAUUGGUGCCCUCAUCCGUCCGCUUGGCAUGGACCGCUACCGGCGUGUGUAUUGGCGCUUUCCAUUCGACCGCCACAUCUUCGUGCAGACCACCGCUGCCACAGACCACAAGUUCCCUUUGCUGCGUGAGCCAGUUGAGCUCCUACAAAAAACAAUUACAGACCAAAAGUGCAUGCUGUUGGACGAUGAGACUGACAUUGUUGACCAAAGGUGUAGUGUUGAGAACGGCCAUGACCAAGCGCAUGAAGGUGAGAAGACGGAAGAAGCGGCCCCGCAGCGGGUAUGGGGCAUGGUUCGGCCGGAGUACUUGGGACAGUUGAUCGAAGGAUUCGACAAGCGCGGUAAGCGAGAGGCGGCACUGCGGCGCUCUCUCGAGGCAAUACGACCGUAUCUGACGAGCCUGACUGAGCCACCGCAGGGUCGUGUCACGCGGACGCGGUCCCACACCUUUGGCUAUUUUAACAAGCUGAAGCUGGACCUGUGA